GGGCGCGGAACCCCACCCUCAUGCAUUGGGAAAAGGAUAUCCUUCAGGCUGUGAAAUUUAUCAAUAUGUAAAUCCUGCGCAGGAGACAAGAGGAUCAGGAUAGUUGCACAGAGUAGGGAAAGCCGCACUGCCACCACCAUCACACACACGUACCUUGCUGAAAGCCGAUGCUCUCCCGUAUUCAUCAAAGAUCAAUUGCAUUUCUCCCAGGCGCGCGCCUACCCUUCCACACGUGAUUGUCAUCGGCUUUCUGAACUUGGUAUCGGAUCAUCACUUCGUGUGAGAUCGGUGGGGCUUUCACUGUCGCUUCGCGCGGACGAGAACAGCAUGACAACAAGCAGGCAGGCCACGCACGCAGGUUCUUGGUACUCAUCGCACGGACCAACGCUGAACGAUGAGCUCAAGGGAUGGUUAUCUGCCGUCACACCUGAAGCCGGCGAGACUAAUGCGUCAUUCGAGCCCCCAAUCAAGGGAUGCAAGGCCAUCAUAGCCCCGCAUGCCGGCUACGCUUAUUCUGGUCCCACGGCUGCAUGGGCCUACAAGAGCAUCCAUACAACUAACAUCAAACGAGUUUUCAUCUUGGGACCGUCUCAUCAUGUGUAUCUAGCCGAAUGUGCACUCUCCCAGUGUCAGACUUACCAAACUCCGAUCGGUGAUCUACCGAUUGACCUUGAAACAACUAAGCAGUUGGAGGCGACCGGGAAAUUCUCCCCAAUGAGCGAAUCCACCGAUGAGGAUGAGCAUAGCAUUGAAAUGCAUCUGCCCUAUGUCCGCAAGAUCUUCGAAGGGAAAGACAUCAAAAUUGUUCCCAUCCUCGUAGGGGCCAUUAACAUUAAGCAAGAAAAGUCAUACGGCGAAAUCUUGGCACCCUAUUUAGACGCUCCAGACACAUUUUUUGUCAUCUCAUCCGAUUUCUGUCAUUGGGGAACUCGGUUCUCAUAUACGUUCUACUAUCCCACACCACUUCCUUGCUCCAAACAUGUGAAGCUUUCUCAAUCCGAAAAACCCACUUCACAUUCCAUACAUGCCUCUAUUCGUGCACUGGAUCAUGAGGGCAUGAACGCCCUCAAACUUGAUAGAUCUGCAGAUACAGAGCAAAAAAGCGCCGAGGAUGCCCACGAUGCAUUCGCACAGUACCUUGCCCGGACAAAAAACACUAUAUGCGGUAGGCACCCAAUUGGCGUUUUGAUGGGCGCCUUGGCUGCUCUCGAAAAAGGGAAAGCAGAGAAGCGUGUGGCAACCCUGGGAUGGGUGAGGUAUGCGCAAAGUAGUGCGUGCGAGACCAUACGAGAUUCGAGUGUCAGCUACGCCAGCGCAUAUGUCGUAUUCCAACCAUGAAAAAUCCAAAUGUUAUGUAAUAGUAAGUAAAUAGCUG